GUACAUACCAAACACCUCCAACGACCCAUCACCAGUCAGAAGCACUGAUAGCUUCCACAUCCCUCUCAACCCACAAUGGUUCUGUUCGAUGCUCCAGUCCACCAACUUGGUCAACAUUUCCAUCGGCCCUCUGCUGCCUACCGUGACUCAUUUCAGAGGUCAAAGCGAAACUGACCGCCAUCUCUGCACCCCACAUCUCUCGGACACUGUAAAUACAUGCAGUACCGGGGCUUGCUACUAGUGCCCGCUGCUGCCUUGGAUACCUCGUUUCGCCACUUAGACGCGCCGACGCGUGACCUCGCGACAUCCUAUUCCGUACCAAAGGGCAUAUUAAAUAUCCCAACUUGGACCGGGUCUCAGACAGUGACGGGAAUUCUCCUUGAUGCGCGACCGCUCUGGCAGCUCGGGGCGGCGCACCAUGGCAGGCUCAUCCAAGAAGCGAGACUUUGAGCCAGAGAGGUCAUGGCGCAUGGUUGAGGGCGGCGAGAAUGACAGCUUCGAUACCUCUAUUCUGAAUGACGAUAAAGACUUCAACAUCUCAAGCAGCAGCGAGCAGUCGACGCAGCCGUACGGAUCGCAACCCUUCAGCAUUGGUGGAUCCCAGCCUUUCAGCAUCGGGGGCUCUCAGGAUGACAGCAUCGAGAACUUUCUCUACAAGGCCGAGAACGACGAGCAGGUCCUCCUAAGGUCGCCUUUCCGCCCCUCGGUGCCUCAGUCGGUGCGACAUGGCUCGAGAGAGGACAUGAGGCACCGCUCACCCGAACCCGAGUUUCACAUGCCCCGGGUCGACGUCGAGAGUCCAAGGAGAUCGAGCACCCGGUCAACGACGACAAUGAGAGCUGCUCCGCCCCCGUCACUCCCGGGGAUUAGGCGCCGACAGGUAGGACCAUCCGAGGGUCCUGCCAAGGAGCGGCGCAACCGGGGAAACCAUGGUGAUUCCAGAGACGGGCAGACGAUGAGCGGCCAUGGGCUCUGGGAUUUGUUGAUUGAACACCUCGUCAGCGUACUAUCAUGGUGGUUUGGCGUGGUGGGAUACGCAUUCCGAUAUGCACAAAAGCCGCUUGCCUUACUGCUGUCGUUGUACCUCACUUUUGGCGGGAUCGUCGUGCUGCAGAACAUGGCAACCAAGUCGCUCUACGCCUCCCUUUCCCCGAUCUGCCGCCUGCCAGGCGCGUCGUGGUUUGAUUUGCCCUUCUGUCCACACUUCGUGCCAAACGAGGGUCAGGGAGAGCAGCGCGGGCAGCAGGCCGAGUUUGAGACCUUGAUGGAUUUCCAAGACCAGUUCCAGCAAGUUGCCGAGAAGUCAGCCCAGGGGGUGUCUCUCCCUAUGGAAAUGAAACGCUCCGAGGCGUCGAUUCGUGAUCUACGUACGCUGGUCCGCUACAGCAGCCUCACGCGCAAGGAGGAACUGGUUCUUGAAUUCGACGGAUUCAUUGAAGCUGCGGGAAAAGCCUCCAGCGAUCUCCAGAGAUUCAACACACAUGUUGGUUCGGCCGUCGACUCCCUUAUCAGCAUCAACCGGUGGACAGCCCGCUUCCUCGACGACCUGGACCGCGGCAGCAACGAUGACCAGCAUGCAGUAGGCGUCGUGGGCCAAUGGACGAACUGGCUCUUCUCGCCCUUCCAGCCCGCUGUCUUUUCCGAGCGGGACAUUUUCAAAACAUACACCGAACACACGGCUCUGGUGUCGGAAAAAGUUGGCGACCUGGUCCUGGAAGGCGAGGCUGUGCUGCACUCGCUGUCCAAGGCCGGCGACCACUUGGACAUCAUUCACGACUUUGUCACGCGGACCCGCAUAACAGUCCAAGACCGCAAGGACCAGGUGCUCUCGACGCUGUGGGCGCUCGUGGGCGGCAAGAGCAAGCAGCUGAGGAGCCUGGACAGCCAGCUGUUGCUGCUCAAGCAGGUCGACACGCAGCGCCAAGGUGCCGUCAGGCAGGUCAGUGAGAUGAUUGCCGAACUGCAAAAGGUCCAGGCCGGACUAGAGGACCUGAGGGACCGGGCCGCCCAACCGGGGCUGCUUAGAGGACGGGUCGAUGUGCCGCUUAGUGUGCACGUCGAGACGAUUGACCGCGGCUUGGAGAGACUGGAGUCGGCGCGGAGCAGGAUCAGGGCUAUUGAGAACGAGAGGCUUAGGGAGGCAAUAGCGAGAGGGAAGGGAGGAGAGAGGUUGAUUGAGUCGAUGUGAAUUCACCGGUUUGGGGUUACACGGCGCUUGUUGGCAUUGACAUUCUUGGGAGAUGCUCUGGACUGGACAGGUAUAUGGCAUCGUGGAGCAGGUCAAGUGAAUGUAUCCAUAGGAUUUCCUUCCACAUUCGACGAGGCGGUUAGGAACUUGGGGUUGGGAACUUGGAACAGAGGGAUACCGGGCCAUCAGCGGCGUUUUGGAGACAACCGGGCAAUUUUUGUAAAUUUUGCAAGCAUCAUCACUUUUAAUAUGGUAACCGCCAAAUCACUGUG